AUGGGUGAAUUCAAUGGGUUGCUGCUCCCAUACAAGCGAUACUACCUUACUGGGGCAAAGGUCCGACCAGAAACCCCAUUGUACCAGGUUGGGCCUUACGAGUUCAACUGGCUUCUGCAUAAAAAGACUUUAGUUGAAGAGUUCCAGGAAGAAAUGCCUCCUCAACUUCCAUGCCAAAUCGAAAUUCAUACAUUUGCAGACGUGCAUAAGUACGCGGAUACAGACAAUCCCAGGAACCUGCUUGGAGUUAUCGUCCAUGCUUUUCCAAUCAAAACCCUUGGCCAAAAAAACACAGUGCGAGACUUAGUCAUUGUGAAUGAAGAGGAGAAGCCGCUACUUUUGACUCUGUGGAAUCAAUUUGAAACGGAAGAUGAUGUCGGACAAAACUUGGCUAAUACAAUAGCAUCGGGAAAUAUUGUCUUAUCCAUGAGAAUAAAAGUUACCACGUUUAAUG